AUGUUGACAAACUUGUCAUUGUUUACUGCCAGUGCCUUCGGCGGCGCUAGCGCUCUUAUUUUGGCCCUUGUUAUUGCGAGACGCAGAGCAUCUUACAGUGGCUUACUGCCUUACCCUCCCGGCCCAAAGCCCCUCCCUGUGAUUGGCAAUGUCACACAUAUAAGUCUCACUGAACCUUGGUUGGUGUAUACAGCAUGGAAAAAGAUAUAUGGUAACUUGAUCCGUGUUCGAUUGAUGGGACAGGAAAUGGUUGUCAUCAACUCAGAGAAAACUGCACGCGCACUAUUGGAUCAACGAUCUGCUGUUUACUCAGACAGACCUAGUAUCCUUCCGGCCAGGAAAUUCUUUGGUAUCGAGUGGCUCACGGCCCUUUUGCCCUAUGGUGCAGAAUUGAGAUCCCAUAGAAAGCUGUUCCAUCAUGCAUUACAUGCAGAAUCAUCACUUCGCCAGCGUGAGAAUUACUUGCAUAGAGCUAGGUUCCUUCUUGCUAGCUUGCUGCACGACCCUGAGGGUUUUAAGGUACAUAUUCAGAGCUUUGUUGCAGCAAUCGCCAUGAGGAUUACGUAUGGAUACGUAGUGCAGUCAGAGAACGACCCAUAUGUUUCUGCCGUCUCGGAAUUAAACGCCCUUGCAAACAAGCUCACUCCCGAGAGAACAGCCGUUCUCUUAGCAUUUCCUUUUCUUGUACAUGUCCCUGCAUGGUUUCCGGGUGCGAAGUUGCAGCGUGAGGCGUUGUAUUCAAGGCAGUUAGCCCAAAAGGUGCUUGAUGCGCCUUUCGAGUUUACGAAAUCGCAGAUUGCAGCCGGAACUGCUUCACAAUCUUUGGUAUUCGAUUGCUUGAUGCAAAUAGACGAGGACAAUCAUGAAGCACAGGAGUCCGCAAUCAAGGCAACCGCGGCGACAGUCUUCAUAGGUGGAUACGAAACGACUUCUUCGACAUUGCAAGCAUUUAUUCUCGCCAUGACUCUCUACCCAAAAGUUCAGGCCAAAGCGCAAGCCGAAAUUGACACUGUCGUGGAUUCGACAAGGCUGCCAGGUUUCGAAGAUAGGCCUUCAUUGCCCUACGUCGAGGCUAUCCUUAGAGAAACGUUUAGAUGGAUGCCUGCAUUACCGCUAGGGCUUCCACAUGCUACGUUAAGUGAUGAUAUAUUUGAGGGAUACUUGAUUCCAAAGGGUGCAUGCGUAUCCCUCAAUAUCUGGUACACAAUGUUUUUUCCUUCUCGAAAAUAUCCCGAACCAGACGAAUUUAGACCUGAGAGGCACUUUGCCACGGACGGGUCACUGCUGUCGGAUUCGAUCUCGAACAACAUUGUGUUUGGCCUAGGCCGACGAAUUUGUCCAGGACGGUUUGUUGCGGAGUCGACUGUGUGGGCUGCCAUUGUUUCUAUUCUCGCAACUUUUCGUAUAGAGAAGGCGAAGGGCGUCGACGGCCGUGAUGUUGAUGUGGAGAAACGGUUUACAACCGGGCUGGCAAUGUUCGUCAAUGAUAUUGGCUUUUCCCUUUUGCUCAUCCAUAUUACAGACACCCUGUCCCUUUCCGUUGUGCAUUUAUAUGUCGUUCUGCGCAAAAGGAGAUGA